CUCAUUGCUAAAUGAGAAGACUGGAGUAUAAGUUCUCAAAAGGAUUAACAGGAACUCGUCAGUGUUUUGGAAAGAGAAGCACUUUGGUGAGGGCUGAUGGUGCUCUUGUUACCUCUCAUCACUGUAUUGAUGGUGAAGUUCACCCAUGCUCGGACUCACUCUCUGACAUAUUUUCGCCUGGGCCUUUCGGAUCCUAGCCAUGGUGUCCCUGAAUUUAUCUCAGUCGGGUAUGUGGACUCACACCCUAUCACCACAUAUGACAGUGUCACCCGACGGAAGGAGCCUCGGGCUACGUGGAUGGCAGAAAACCUGGCACCUGAUCACUGGGAGAGGUACACUCAGCUGCUGAGGGGCUGGGAACAGACGUUCAAGAUGGAGCUGAGGCACCUGCAGAGGCACUACAAUCACUCAGGGUUUCACACUUACCAGAGAAUGAUCGGCUGUGAGUUGCUGGAAGAUGGAAGUACCACAGGAUUUCUUCAAUAUGCAUAUGAUGGACAGGACUUCAUCAUCUUUAAUAAAGACACUCUCUCCUGGAUAGCUGUAGAUAAUGUGGCUCACAUCACCAAGCGGGCAUGGGAGGCCAAUCAACAUGAGUUACAGUAUCAAAAGAACUGGCUAGAAAAAGAAUGCAUUGCCUGGCUAAAGAGAUUCCUAGAAUAUGGAAACGAUACUCUACAAAGAACAGAACCUCCACUUCUCAGAACAAAUCGCAAAGAAACUUUUCCAGGGAUUACAACUCUUUUCUGCAGAGCUCAUGGCUUUUACCCACCAGAAAUCUCCAUGAUGUGGAUGAAAAAUGGGGAAGAAAUUGUCCAAGAAGCAGAUUAUGGAGACGUCCUUCCCAGCGGGGAUGGAACCUAUCAGACAUGGGUGUCUGUUGAGCUGGAUCCUCAGAGCAAUGACAUUUACUCCUGUCAUGUGGAGCACUGUGGCGUCCAGAUGGUUAUUCAGGACUCCCAGGAAUCGAAAGUCAUUCUUCUGGUGACAAAAGCUGUCCCUGCAGCCAUGGCGCUCAGCAUCAUCCUGGCUGGAGUUGGCAUUUGGGCCUGGAGAACACGGCCUGGAGAAAAAAAUGGAGUUACCUACCAUCCUACACCAGAUCAAUGAUUAUAAUUCUUCCCAGGAACCAUGGUGUGUUUAUUGAUCAGCUUUCCCAUUGCUGGAACAAAAGAAAGGAGAGGUUUAUUUUGGCUGGCAGUUUCAGUCCGUGAUUGGCAGACUCCAGGGCAGAAACAGCAUAGCAAAAGGCCUGGCACAGGAAAGAUGUUCAACUCAUGGCAUCUGGAAAGCAGAGAGCAAGGGGCCAGGUACCAGAUAUGGUCCCCAUGGUCACACCCUCAUGACCUAUUCUGACAUAACAAGAAGUGUGCUUCGUUAAUCUCCUAGGCAUCUCUCAAUCCAAGCAAGAUUAACUAUCACACAUAGUUUCCUCUGUCCAUCAUGCACUUAAGGCCAGUGAGUGAAGCUCCUGACCACAUCCACAACAUGCUUGCGUGUUGUAGGACUGAGCAUAUAUGGCAGAAAUAUAGACACCAUUAAAUUUUCUUUGUUAUUUGGACCAUCAA